UCUGAACAGAAGGGGCCUGCGGGAGAGGAUCUGGGGGCCCUGGAAGACUCCUCCAGACACUGCCUGAAGCGCAGGGAUUCUUCCACCUCCAGAGGGCCAGGCCGGCAAGACCUGCCCUGUCCUGGCUGGGGUGUUUUUCCUUCCUAUGUAGACCCAGUGAAGCCCUCGCCCUGUCCCCGUGCCUUAUGAAACAGUUCCAGGGCUGAAAGGGGAGGGGGCUCUUUUCUGCUCUUCCACCCCACCCAGCGGUCUGUUUUGUGUCUGUCAAUAAACAGUUCACCGACUCCUGGCCCCUUUGAGUGCCCAUGGCACUGCCCCCACUGCCUGGAAGAGGAGCCCUGCCCUUCCGCCCAGAAGCCCCACUCCCCAGACAGGAGCCCAGGAGCCCCCUUUCGGCCUGGCAAGUCUGCUUCAGCUGAGCCAAGCCAAAUCCUGGCGUGGAGGUGGCAGAGCCUCUCAGCCGAUGCUUCUGCUGUGGGCACAGCUGCUCCGGGAGGGGGUGGCCUUCAGGAAGCCCUCUGUGGGCAGGGGCAGGCAGGGCCACAAGGGCAGCGGACAGCUCCUCUUGCAAGGCCAGCACAGCUGAAAGCAGCUGCUGAUUCUUUGGCCUCCAGCAAACACACACGCUGAACCUGUGGCUCUUGUGGCACCUGUCCGGCCGAGUUGUUGCCCCUAGGAAAACGCUUUAGUUUCUUCCCUUGUGGAAAUCCAGGUAAAAUGUCGCCCCCUCCUCCCCCAUUCCUGAGUUAUUCUCUCUGGUGCCCGAGGGUGCUGUGCAAACACUUGCGCAGGAAGCUCCCUGGCUGCGUUUGCAGUGCACAGUUAGGUGAGGAUUUGCCUUGGUUUGGAUUUCUUUACUCUGUCUGUCUGUGUCUGUCUGUCUGUCUGUCUGUCUGUCUCUCUCUCUCUCUCUCUCUCUCCCUCUCUCCCCCCAUCUGGGCUUUGCCCUGUAGAGGAGCCGCUGAGGUUCAGGGUCCCAGGAGGGGAGCAUGACUGGCUUCUGGGAUUAAUGGGUUCCAUUCCUGGCAAACUGGGAAGAAGUUUCUCUAAUUGGGCCCCCUCCCCUCCUUCCCUUCAUUGGUUGGCCGAGACCGGAGGAGCAAAGGUUCCCCCAUGCCCUGAUUUCAUUGGCCCCUCCUACACCAGAACAACUAGACACAAGAACAGUUCUUUCCCGAAAGCCAUCACUCUGCUAAACAAAUAAUUCCCUCAACACUGUCAGACUAUUUACUGAAUCUGCACUACUAUUAAUCGUUUCAUAGUUCCCAUCACCAAUCUCUUUCCACUUACGACUGUAUGACUAUAACUUGUUGCUGGCAAUCCUUAUGAUUUAUAUUGAUAUAUUGACCAUCAAUUGUGUUGUAAAUGUUGUACCUUGAUGAACGUAUCUUUUCUUUUAUGUACACUGAGAGCAUAUGCACCAAGACAAAUUCCUUGUGUGUCCAAUCACACUUGGCCAAUAAAAUUCUAUAAAAUUCUAUUCUAUCCUACCGGAGGGAGCACUAGGGCAGGUCCUGGAGCCCCCGUGGUUCUGGUGGGCAAGACUCCAGUGGACUGUGGUGGGUUCCAUUCUGAAGCAGCUGGCUCUUCCCUUGGGGGCUUUAGCUGGUAGGUGAACCUCACAAGGUCUUUGUGGGGUUCAGUUCCUGCUAACCUGGAUGAUACUUUGGCAUUUGGGGGUGGGAGGGUAUGAUUGGUUCAUUGUGGGGUCUUCAGAUAAAGCAGUUCAGUCAAGCCACUGUCCCUCCCGGACCUUUCCCCGCUGGGCUCGCUUCCAAGGUCCUGCAGCAACUCUGGUUUCAGAGAUCAUUAAUAAUGCCUCUCCAUCCCCUCCCCCAUCUGAAAAGAAAGGGCGGGGUGGGGCGGAAAGCCCCUCUUUCCCCGGGAGGUUCCUGAACAGUUGAGAUCUGACCAGGAUUGCAGUGUGGGCUGUGCGCCAUUUAGUAGUGCUGGAAGGACCCUGGGUUUAAGGUUUGAACCCCGUUCUGCCUUGUGUCGUGCCCUGUGUGUUUCUCCAAGGACAUAGCCGAACCCUUCACAUCUUCUAACCAAAUCUUAUUUUGAUCAGUGAAGAGUUUGGCUUUUAUUACAGCCCUUAAAUUACUCUAUAAACUCAGUUACUUCAUACUCAGUUACUUUAGGAAAGAAAUUUUAGGAUAAGUGUGACUUUCCUUGUGUAGUUAAUUGAACAAUCUCUAAAUAAAUGGAAGUCACACUGUGGAGUUGUGUCUUGCUGGCAUCUCACCACAAGGCUCUGUGGAGGCAGAACGUGGUCCGUGCCUGUUUUGGGAAUGAUAAUUAUUACAUUUAUUGGCUUGGCUUGAUUUCCACAGGUGCACCCAAAAUCUGACUUCUCCGCUUGUUUUUGGGAUGGAAAGAAUGUAUGAGAUCCACCCUCUGCAAGAGGCUCCAUAACUGCCAGGUUAACCAUAGGCUGCCUUUCUUUCUUUCUUUCUUUCUUUCUUUCUUUCUUUCUUUCUUUCUUUCUUUCUUUCUUUCUUUCUUUCUUUCUUUCUUUCUUGUAUCUUGUAACUUCUCCAGAAGAGGUAAGAAGAGCAGGAAGGGAGGGAGUCCAGGAACCCCAAGGAAGGAGCUGCUGUGUCCACCUUCCUGGUCAACAUGCUUUCUUCCCCUCCCCCCCACCCAGUUGGACUUGGAGCAAGGAACUGGGGCCACUUCCCCUCUUUUGCCUCCCCCUGCAGGGACUGAUGGGAGGUGGGUGGGCUGGGCUGGGCUUGGCUUGGCAGGGUUGGGCAAAGGAGGAAAAAAGGGGACGUGGAAUCCAGUGUGAAUGGAGGGAGUGCAGUUUCCUUUCGUCUACUGGGGAGCCAUCCAGAGUGAAGCUGCAGUAGAGAGUGCAGGUGAAGAAGGCCUGGAUAAAGAGAGAGGAGAUCACGACCUCCAAGCAAUAGGGAGGGAAGCCCAAACAACCAGGAAGGCAUGAGCAAACAUCUCGGAAAGAGAAUCCCCUGCUCCAGAGGAGAAUAAGGAACGGAGGAAGGGAAGUAGAAUCAACUUGCAAGGUCCUGUUCUGCCAAGUACCUUUAAUAUUGUAGGUCCGGCCUAAGCGUUUGGACUGACAGGUACCAUGUGCAGUAGCAGUGAAAGCCACUGAGAGAUCCAAGAGGGCCAGGAUAGUUGCCUCACCUCCAUCAUGCUCCCCCCCCCCCAGAUAAUCUACAAGGGCAGCCAAGGCUUUCUCUAUAACCCUGACCGAAAAGAGUCCCAAUCACCUGCUGCAUCUGAGGCUUCUGCGCCUGAGCACCUCCCACCCUAAAUAUCUCCUCCAUGCUUAAUUAUCUUCCGUUGUCAGUCUGCUCUCUCAGCAUCUGGAUGGGAUGCCAUUGAUAGGUGACCUUUUCAAUGCAGCUGGGGACCCUUCCAAAUUUGAGGAGCCCCUUGGGUGACUGGAUGUCAGGUGAGCCUGGGGCAGUGGUGGGUUGCUCCCGGUUCAGCAAACCGGUAGUGGCGGCGACGGGAGGCUCCACCCACCCGCCAGUCAUCAAAAAUGCUCUGUGCAUGCGCAGAAGCGCCGUGCGCUCGUAAGCAAGUGCAUGUGCCUGCGCACUACUAAUAGCAAAGCGGUAGCACUGGGAUUUGAAACCCACUACUGGCCCGGGGUCUUCUCCCACUGCAGGCCAGAGCUGAGGACUCUCAUUCUUUUCCUGCAACGGCCCUUUACAGCUGAGGUGGCCCUUCCAUCUUCUCCAUUUCUCUGCGAGGCUCCUGGUGGAGGGAAGGGCUGAGGGCUGUACAGAAAAGCCCACCCCCUCUCCACUUCCUCUCAGCAACCCCCUCUAGUCAGCCAGCCCUGGGGGAGUGGGGGGAGGGGAAGAGUUAAGAGAUCUGGCAAAGUGAGUUAGGGAACAAGAAGAGGGGGGAGGUUAUGGGUUGGUUUCUGAAUGUUCCAUAGGUAACAUCUUCAGCAGACCAGAAGCUAUAGACUUGGCUUCCUCUUGGUUACCUGGAACAGGUUGCUUAUGAAACUUGGUUUAAGGAAGCCUCGCUCUUUUGGCCGGCAUUAUAUUACGACUUUGCCAUGACUUUGGCAAAUGGCUAAUAGUUCUUCUCAGUAAUUGUUUCCAGAAGAGUAAAAGACUAAAUCCUGUCCUCUCAGACGCCCAUUUUACCUUCCGAGAAGUCAAAAGGGGGCAAGGGAGGAAUGGAGCAGUUUCAGAUAAAUGGAGAGUUAUGAAUAUUCUGACACUCCUCUCUUCAUGACUGGAAAUCAAAUUACUUAAUAUUCUUCAGAUACCUCUGCAGACCUGGAUGAACUCACAGAUACUGUAACAUCAUAUGUCAGCUUCUGUGAAGACCUAUGUGUACCUACAAGGAACUUGCGAAUACACAGUAACAACAAACCUUGGUUUACACCUAAACUUAAGCAGCUACGACAUUCCAAAGAGGAAGCCUACAGAAAAGGUGAUAAAAUGCUGUACAGUCAGGCCAGAAAUGCACUAACAAGGGAGAUAAGAGCAGCAAAAAGAAGCUACUCUGAAAAGCUAAAGAAUCAGUUUUCAGCAAAUGAACCAGCAAACAUGUGGAAAACUCUUAAAAAUAUCACCGGCUAUGGCAAACCUCCUUCCCAGGCUGAAGGUAAUCAACAACUGGCAGAUGACCUGAAUGAGUUUUACUGCAGGUUUGAAAGGAAACUACAGCCACCUAUCUCCACAACCCCCAUCUCAGACACACCAACAACAGCCAAGCCUCCUACAACUGACCCCAUUUCAUUGGGUUCACAACCCCUAGUGAUCACAGAAAAGGAAGUGCAGGACCUAUUUCACAGACAAAAGCCAGGAAAAGCUCCAGGCCCAGACAAGAUAACUCUUUGCUUAAAAGUCUGUGCUGACCAAUUGGCCCCCAUCUUCACCCAUAUUUUCAAUAAAUCACUAGAGAUGUGUUAUGUUCCUUCUUGCUUCAAACGCUCUACCAUCAUCCCAGUGCCGAAGAAGCCCACCAUCAAGGAACUGAAUGACUACAGACCAGUUGCUUUAACAUCUGUAGUCAUGAAAACCUUUGAAAGGCUAGUGCUUUCCUACCUGAAAACCAUCACGGAUCCGCUGUUAGACCCCUUGCAAUUUGCAUACUGAGCAAAUAGAUCAACAGAUGAUGCUAUUAAUAUGGCUCUGCACUACAUCCUACAACAUCUUGAGUCUCCAAAGACCUAUGCAAGGGUCCUUUUUGUAGACUUUAGUUCAGCAUUCAAUACCAUCAUUCCAGACAUUCUUCUAACUAAACUAAACCAGCUACAGGUACCGGAACAGACUUGUAAGUGGAUCACAAGCUUCCUAACAAACAGGAAGCAGCAGGUGAAGCUAAGCAAGAUCACAUCAAAUACCUGUACAAUUAGCACAGGGGCCCCCCAAGGCUGUGUGCUCUCCCCAUUUCUCUUCUCUCUCUAUACCAAUGACUGCAUCUCCAAUGAUCCAUCUGUUAAGCUACUGAAGUUUGCAGACGACACAACAGUGAUCGGUCUCAUUCGAGACAACGACGAAUCCGCAUAUAGACGAGAGAUCGAACGACUAGCCUUGUGGUGCAACCAAAACAAUCUGGAACUGAACACACUCAAAACCAUAGAAAUGGUGGUAGACUUUAGGAGAAACCCUUCCAUACUUCUACCUCUCACAAUACUUGACAACACAGUAUCAACAGUAGAAACCUUCAAAUUUCUGGGUUCUAUCAUAUCGCAAGAUCUCAAAUGGACAGCUAACAUCAAAAACAUCAUUAAAAAAGGACAACAAAGAAUGUUCUUUCUGCGCCAACUCAGUAAGCUCAAACUGCCCAAGGAGCUGCUGAUCCAAUUCUACAGAGGAAUUAUUGAGUCUGUCAUUUGCACCUCUAUAACUGUCUGGUUCGGUUCUGCAACCCAACAAGAAAAACACAGACUUCAGAGGAUAAUUAGAACUGCAGAAAAAAUAAUUGCUACCAACCUGCCUUCCAUUGAGGACCUGUAUACUGCACGAAUCAAGAAGAGGACUCUGAAAAUAUUUGCAGAUCCCUCGCAUCCUGGACAUAAACUGUUUCAACUCCUACCCUCAAAACGACGCUAUAGAGCACUGCACACCAGAAUAACUAGACACAAGAACAGUUUUUCCCCGAAGGCCAUCAUUCUGCUAAACAAAUAAUUCCCUCAACACUGUCAGACUAUUUACUGAAUCUGCACUACUAUUAAUCGUUUCAUAGUUCCCAGCACCAAUCUCUUUCCACUUAUGACUGUAUGACUAUAACUUGUUGCUGGCAAUCCUUAUGAUUUAUAUUGAUAUAUUGAUCAUCAAUUGUGUUGUAAAUGUUGUACCUUGAUGAACGUAUCUUUUCUUUUAUGUACACUGAGAGCAUAUGCACCAAGACAAAUUCCUUGUGUGUCCAAUCAUACUUGGCCAAUAAAAUUCUAUUCUAUAUUUGAAGACCCGCAUUCACAUUUCCCUUCAAAUACCUGAAAACCCUUUUACUGUGAUACAUCCUUUGCAAUGAAACAAAGAUCAUCCACAAAUGCUAAUAGUUGACAAUCCCCACCUUGUAACUUUCCAGUGUAAAUGCAACCAUCAGCCUUGCAACUUUUGAACCCAAGAUCCUUCAAUGCAGUAUCUAAACAUAUAUUCCAAUUCCUGGCUGACGGCUUCAGCCCAUAAAUGGCCUUGUUCAAUUUAUACAUGUGAUAAGCCUUUUACUUGUUGGGGCUAAAUGCCACCGAUAGAACAUUUUAUAUUAAUUUUCUUUAUAUGCGGCAGAUUUUGUUAAUGUAUAGAUUUUUUCCCAAUUUUUUUCCCAAUCUUCUAAAUGUUGUGCCCAAUAUUUUUAGCCCAUGCUAUCAUUGAUCCCUUUACAAUUUCUUCUUCUAAAUCAAAAUUUAAUAAAUAAUUAUAUAUUUUAGAUAAUAAUUUCUCUUCCGGGCCUGUUAAUAAUUUAUCUAAUUGUGUUAAUUUCGGUUCAAUUCCAAAGUCCUCUAAAUCUUUUUUGUAUCUAGAUUGCAAUAGAAGAUACGGCCACCAAUCUAUGAUUAUUCCGUUCCUUUAAUUCUUGUUUAGAUUUUGAUCUUUCUCCAGUGUCCAAAAUUUCAUUGUAUUUUACCAUUUUACCAAUAUCUAACGUGUUGGGGUAGAUCAUUGCCUCCAUAGUGGAGAACCAGCCUGGUAUUUUGAGAUAAUAGUCCAUAUCCGUGAAUCUCGCAGUGUAUGUCUAUAAAAAUAUGAAGGCGAAUGUUUCUUAUUCCUGGUGUUCCAUGUGAAGAUCGUGUCCUUCCAGUGUUAAAAUUCUCCUAUUCUUUAAAUUAAUCCAUUCCCUAACCCAAACUAAACUUGCUGCUUUGAAAUAGGUUUCCCACGCAGGGAGUCCAAAGCCACCUCUGCUGCUUCUGUCUUGAAGUGAAGUUAAUUUUAUCCUCACCAUUUUUCCUGCCCAUAUGAACUUCAUAAUCAUUUUGUUUAGCUCUUUAAAAGAAAUUCUUAUCUAAUUUUAUAGGAAUCGUUUGGAAUAAAUAAAGCAAUUUUGGCAAAAUAUUCAUUUUAAUUGCUGCAAUUUUCCCUAAUAGCGAUAACUGUAAUUUCCCCCAUCUUUCCAAAUCUUUCCCUAUUGUGUUAAUUUCGUAUAAUUAUCCUUUUUUAAUGCGGAACAUCUUGCUCUUAACCAAAUACCUAAAUAUUUCACUUUUUUUACGAUUUGAAGUCCCAUUCUUUCCUCAAGUUCUCCUUUCUGUUUUCCCAUUAAAUUCUUAACUAAUGUUUUAAUUUUUUCUUCGUUAAUUUUAAGGCCUGUGACACCUCCCCCCCCCCCCAAUAUUUCUCUACCUCUGGAUUUCAUUUCUUUAUCCAUGGCAUCUUUUCACUUUAUUUGUUCAAUUUUAGGUAAUGCCAAUACUUCUUUAUAGUUCUUUGGCUCAUACCAUACAUUACAUACUUUAUUAGCAGAAUACCUGUCGGGUGGAAUCCCCUUGUUCCAUCGCUCUGACCUGCGUGGCAUUGACUGCUCCUAUGCUUCAAACCUCUCUUGCUUCAUAUCUUUUCCAGCUUCUUCAGUUUCUCCUCCCUGAACGCUGACACUGUCAUUAAUUGAGUUACUGUCACUAAGUGAGUUACCAUCACUAAGUGGAUCACCGUCACUAAGUGAAUCAUUCCAUAAAUUUGCAUCAAUUCUGUUCAAAUUUUGUUCUGCAAAACUAGCCGACCUGGAAAUCAAUAUUCUUUUGCUCCCAUCACUAAAACAAUAGCUUUCUGAACCUGGCUCAUAGCCUAUAAACCUGAGCAUUUUAGCCUUUGGUUGUCCUUUUCGUCUGAUUGCCUUUGGAAUAUGCAUCCACGCAUUGCUUCCUAAAACUCUUAAAAUGUGCCAGAGAUUGUUUUUUCCCCAUAUAGCACUGCAUAUGGAGUAUCGUUAAUGGAUGAAUUCCACAGCCUAUUAAUUAAAUAAUUAGCAGUCAACAUGGCUUCACCCCAAUAUGACCUGCUCAGAGCAGAAUCCUCCAGCAGUGAGUCCUUCAUGGUUUAUAAAAGUCCAUUUCAUCUCUCAACAACACCAUUCUCAACUACUGUGUACAGAUUUGUGCGCCUGUGUUUUAUUCCCAACUGUCCCAACCAUUGUUGAAAAUUCGCUGACAUAAAUUCUGAACCUCUGUCAGUCUACAAUUCAAAUACCUAUUGUUUAUAUCUCCUUUAUAUGAAGCUUACCCAUUGCUUAAAUUUCUGUAGCACCUCUAUUUUACUCUUUAGUAAAUAGCAGAAGCCAAACCUGCUGUAGUCAUCAACAAUGACCAUUGCAUACUUUGCUCCUCCCAAACUGGCUUGCAUUGGCCCAACCAAAUCUGCGUGUACUAGCUCUAGAGCUUGUCUGCCUUGUGCUGCCUUUGCUUACUGGUAAUGCCUUGGACUUUGAUGACUUACAUACUGCACAGUCCAAGUAUGCCUUACAUCCCUUUAAAUUUAACCCUUCUGCAAACUCUUGCAUUUUUUUUUUUUUUUGCAAAACUCUGAAGCUAACAUGUCCAAGCUUCCUGUGCAAGAGAUGAACACAUGAAUCAUGCUGUGCUACAUUUCCAAAUGUUUGGGCACAUUGAACCUUUUGUGUCUUCAACACAUAAAGAUUAUCCUCUUUUAUGUCCUUGCACAUACCAUUUCUCUUUAUGAGAGACCUCCCAUUUUCAAAUGUGGUCUCAAAUCCUUGCUUGUCUAAACUAGAGACGCUCAGCAAAUUAUGCUCCAUUUCAGGCACACAAAAUAUAUCAUUAAAUCUUGUUUCCAAAUAUGGAAUUUGCACACUGCCUCUUCCAUUGACUUUAUCCUUCUGACCAUUUGCUAAUGCUACUAUUGGAUGCAUUUCCAAUUGCUGCAUCCAAGCUGGAAAAUAAUUUAGAAUUGUUAACAAUUGUUUGACUUGUCCCACUGUCAAUCAACCAUUUGUCUCUGCUUGUCGAGUCCAGCUCCGGCUUGACACAUGAUGCUCUGGGGAUCUGGAUCAUGGGAGCAGCCCCUAAUCAAAGAUCCGAAAAGAUGAAUUAUUGAGGACUCGUUCGAAUGGUGCAGGGAUCUGCGUUUGGGAAGCAUGGGGAGGGGAUCAUCACACUGGUGGCUGGGAUAGCGGGAGAUGAGGCUUGGGUAUCACGAAGAGCUGCUUUAGUUCCGGGAUCUGGCAGAUAACGUGGCAGCUAAGGCUGUCAGACGAGGAGGGAGAGAGGGGCUGGGCAUCCAAUCAACUGAGCAGUUCAGCCAUGGGGCGGGGUGUGCCGACUUUGUACAGAGAGACCUCGACUAUUACUGAGACCCGGUUUGUAACAGACCCAAUAAACGAAGUCACGGAUGGAAAAGAAAAAGUUGGCUUGUUUCUUCUCACAGUGUCUGGCACAACUGUGGCUGAGCUAGCCGAGAGAAAGUCGGCGCUCUCCUCUUUUCAAAGCAGCUGUCUGUUCCGGUUGGCAUGAGUUCCCUGGCUGAAGGCACUUCUAAACUUGAGGCUUAACCCGAGGUGUGUGGAGGGGAAGAGGAGGUGGUCUAGACAGUGGCGGUGGAGAACAGCGAAGCCAGAGUAGUACAUCCAAAGGAGAGGAAAAUGGUGAUAGAAGAGAAGAAAGUGGAAACUAGAGAAGGUGCCUUGGUGGCACAGUUCGGCUCUGAGUGGCCCUGAAGUUGCUAGAGCUAAAACCCCUCCCCCAGUUGGGCCUCUUCCAUUCCAGGAGUGGCGGGAAAGGAGGUGGAUGGAAGAAGACGAACAGGACUGGAAUUAUUCUACUGAAAUCAGGACUAAUUCUAUGGAAGCGCUCAGGGAACGGUUUGGGAAGGCCAGUUUUUGUGAUGCACCAUCAUGGCAACCAU